AUGGUUCUGACCUCGCCCAACCAAGAUUGGAUCCCUUCGCAUCCGGUAGAGCGCACUGUGGUCCGCACGUAUCAAGACGGGCUGUGGGGCGAACACGAAUACUCCCGUUGGCCGCAGCCUUUGAUCCGAAACAUGUGGCACAUCGCAUGUAUCCCCUCGCCCGCCAUCCUCAACCUGGCCUCCCUUCGAUACUCUGGCUGGCUUUGCUCCCCUCGCGCGAUUGGGCUUGGCUUCCUCGAUCCUGAGCUGCGACGCAACCUCACGAGGGGCGCCCAGUUCGCGACAGCAGCUUUCCAACAGCUCCGAGAUCUUACCCCGCAUCUCCGAUCGUACGGCGAUCAACUGUGUCUAGUGAUCGCACAGUGCCUCGAUCGCAUGAACCGUCUGCCGAGUUUUGCUUCCGUUGCUGUUGCUGUAGGCGCCCAUCUCCAGCGCGUGGCUCUGGAACUCCUAGGUCUUCGCACCUACCUGCACGACGUCCUCCCACGAAUCGACUCUACGGAGGACUUUAGCACCUCGCUCCUGCCGGUCCUCGGAGUUUUCGGCCGCGACGGAGCGACGGUCCAGCUGGCGACCAGGAUCGGAAUGCCCGUGUGGUUCCUGCAACCCCUCACGCGUCAUCUCAAGAUCUGGUGUGUCGUCGAAAGCACGAGUCCGUUCUUCCUCGCGUCUAAGGAGAGCGACCCGCCCAUGCAUCACCACCCAGACCAGCUAGGUGCUGUUGCCAACUUGACCAGCAGCUGGGUGGAGAAUAUGGUAUUCGCCAUCACCGGCCAGCUCUGUACCAGCCGUUUGGGCGUCAUGGAAGAAGGAGCCGCAGAAGGGGCCCAACCUCCUUUCAAGUCCACCCGCCUCGAGUUGACAGAAGUUCAGUCCCAAGCGCCCCCGCGAUUCAAGCCCGACGGAACGAAGAAGCGCACCAGAAGAGGUGGCAGACGUUCGAACAAGCCUUCCCCGCCUUCGGUCGAUGGAACACAGGCCGGCCCGUCGACCCUCGGCGCUCUGUCGCCUGAGGAGCGCCACCCCUCCAGAUGUUUCACCCCUCCGGCCUUCGUCGCCGUGCCAGACCCUUGGGUCGCCGCGCUGGACGCAGUCAGCCCCCUUCCCCAGCCCUGCCAUUCAGUCCACCAAUACCUUCACAACGCGGUCCGCAUUCGCAACUUCUGCAAGCUGCGUCUGCUCGAUCCGGUCGUGUCCGGUCAGCCUCUCACGAUCGCCGAGUGGCGAGCCGCGCUGUGGGGCGAUUACCAGGAGAAACCCACCCCUGAAGACACGCAAGAUCGAGCACAAGAACGGUGUGCGCGGUUGUUUGGAAACGGCGCCGCUCUCAGCUCCUACAGCCCCGCGACCGAGGAGCGUCUGGAAAGCGUAGCUGUCUCCGCGGAGUCGGCGGCGUCCGAUCUGCGCAUCCGUCGGUUCCUGUUGUGGGAGUGUCACGAGGUGAACUUCCGCUGCGAGCUCAAUGCCUUGGACGCCGCGCUCGUGCCGCGCGGCAGGAUGUCGGUCAUGGAGCGUGUGGACGACUGGCGCUCGGAGGACUUUGAUCUCGUCCAGCGUGAGGUCGUCCGGUUGUAUGUCUCUCAGUUCGUCGCGCGGUUCGGUAGGCUUCCUGUUCCUCCCAUUCCCCAUGCCCCCCUCUAG